AUGGUCGCGAUGACGCGUCCGGUUAUCGUUUCCAGCCUCGCGUUCGUCGGCACCCCGGUGUACGGCUUCAGCGCGGUGACGCGCGACGUGGCCGAUCUCUCGCCUUCGCACAGCAGCGGUUUUUCUCCCUCUCGAGGGGAGCGCCAGACGCCGGAGGAGCUGGGCUUCUCCGACGACGGUCUCGCCGAAGACGGGGCCGGCUACGGCACUUCGCAGUUCAGCGAGGAGUAUUGUUUGGACAUUGGUGCGAAGGGCUUCCCCAUCCCCACGUUGAACAUGCUCAGGGCGGCCAACUGGGACGCUCCGACGUAUUUCGCGCAGUUGCAGGGGGCAGGGUACGCCGAGGACGCUUUGCAGAUGACCGGCCCCGACGCAGCCAUCCUGAAGUCGGAUUGCAUGAAGGAGCGUUUCCACGGCAAGACGAAACACAUCUUCGUUGGCGAUUCGCAGAUGAUGGCCCUUCGCAACGCGUUCCACCGCCUCAAUAAGUGCCCCGAGAUUUGGUGGGCGAACCACACCGAGAAGGACGUCGAUGACAUGAUGGGCACGGUGCGGAGGAACGAGGCCGCCAAGUCGACGGCAAUUAUGAGGAGCAAGUCCCGGUUCCGCUCCAGAGCCGAGCAGGCCCCGGACAAGUUGCCCCGCGGUUGCACCGAGGAGGGCAUUGCAUCUUUCAUCAAUUGGGACGGUUGGGCCAGCCACGAGCUUCCCGUGAAGGAAAUCAAGAUGGAGAUGGAUUUGGUCGGUGUGAGCCCCGCGGAUGGGGACCUCGUCGUUGUCUGGAUCGGCUCCAAUUUCAUUCCUGCAAGGCACAGGAUGUCCACGCUGCUCCAGAGCAUCAACAAGCUCCACGAGCUGCAGGUUAAGAUGGUCUGGGACUCCCCGACCUUCCAGGACGACGCUCUCAUGGCCGCCACGACGACUUACGAUGCUGGAAAGGACCAGCGCAACAACCAGCCCAUCGCCUACAACUACAUGAAGCAGCGCAAGAAGUCUGGCCAGAUCGGCUCGAAUGAGUAUCCCUUACCGAGAAGGCGCUCUUCGAUCAGGGCAUCGAGAUUCCCACCACCAAGCGGUGGCAGAUCUCCAACCGCUACCGCGGGCUCCAAUGCGACGGCAUUCACACCGACAUGCGGGCCAGGGACCCCCUUUUCUACGACCUGCCUUGCCCCAUGGGCCGCCAGAAGUGGGGCCGGUCCACCUACUGCACCUGGGCGGAGCCCUUCAAGGCCGAGCUUCGCGCCGCCUGCCCCGAGGCCUACGGGCUGGACGACAUGGUGCUCCAGAGCGGGCUCUACGCGAUGUGCGCCGCGCACGAGCAGCCUUUCUGCUACUCGUACACCGAGCACAUCCGGUGAGGCGCAGCGUCCGCACACCGAAGAACAAAAGAAACACAGAAGCAUAAGUUGUCUGAGCUCCGCGCGGAUGUCCUGGAUCUGCGCCCCAGGCUCCCCCGGCGUGCUCCGCGCCCCAGGGGCGGGAGUCCAGCGCCGACCUAAGAAAUCUGCGCAGAGUUCCGAUAGUUUUUGUUUAUGCCGAGGUUUUUCUUUCAGCAUCACCUGA